GACGACAUCCAGACUCGAACACUCGCUUGCGCCCGUGCCUGAGGCCAGUCCAGUCGUCGCGCGGUGGCUGGUGGGAUUUUGAGUCGAAGCCGUCUGGAGCGUCCACUCCCGCCGGAAGCUUCUCAUCUCAGCGCUCGCAAGCGAGAGACUUAAUUGGCUACCAUACUGGGCUCUCCUCAACAACAACACUUCCUCUUUGCGCUCGUAACAUACAUCUGCAAGCAAAUAUGCGUCCUUCUACCUCAUCCCUCCUGCGCAUCAGGACCAUCCCCUCAGCUCAGCUAGACGUGCACUCUGUCCGUCUUCCCGCCUCGCAAAGACCCAGGAGAGCAGCCAAGCCAACCGCUAGCAACGCCAGCCCCAGGCCGUCUACCGCAUCCUCAUCAUCUCUUUCCUCUGAGACUGCAUCUCCUGCGCAAACACGAACGCAAACGUCGGCGCCAGCGCAAGCGCAAAGGAGACCACAGCAGACGAUUGCUGAGCAGCUCCUCCUGAAGGAACAAAAGGCCAGAGCAGCAGCUGCUGCCGAGAGUAUCUCGAGUGCAGGUGCGACUUCGGGAGCUAGUAGUUGGCCGAGCAAUUUGCGUGUGGUGAAGCAUGUGAACAAGAGGGAGUUGUACUGGAAGGUGAGUCUUCGGAAAGGAAGCCAGCGAGGGGCCCUGUUUUGGAAACGUUCUGCUGGACAAGUCGAGCUGACUUAUCCUGCUUGCCUCUAUCUCAGGUACCCACCGCUCAACGAGACGAGCUGAAGAAGCUCCUCCGGGAAGAGUAGGAGAACUUUCUCCCCUGUCCCUCUCUUCCUCACUUGCCUAAUCCUGCGACUCGAUGCAAACACUGUACUUCUAUUUCACCCAAUCAAAAACCUAUCAGCGUACAACCAAUUUAGGAUCGUCCGCUGGGCUCUGAGAAGGAGGUCACAUCUCAGAGGAUUGCACUGCGUGAAGAGUAUCGGGGAGGGCUGU